CACAGAAAAAUAAGCCAAUAACUUUACCAUUUCUCUCAUAAUUUGUACCUUCCUCAACUCUCUAACCCUGCCAAAGGCUCCAAAAACACAAACACACAUAAAAAGCCCCCCCAAAAACAAUCCAAAAAAAAAAAUGUUGAGCAAGAGAAAUGUAUUGCUUCUGAAGAUCGUCCUAUUCCUCUUCGCCUUAAACUUCCUCAUGCUCUUCCUCUACUUCACUUCCCACUCCAAACAAUCCUCUCUUCCCUCUUCCCAAACUCUCCCCAAUUCCCACUCUAACCACCUUUUCAACGGUCACAACGACCGUUUUCUCAAACCCUGGCCAAUCCUCCCUUCUUACCUCCCCUGGUCCCGCGGUUCCCCUCCGCCGUCGCGCUCCUGCGAGGCCUAUUUCGGCAACGGCUUUUCCGACCGCCAGGAUCUCCUCACCGCCGCGAACCACGGCGCCGAUGGGUGGUUCAGGUGCUUCCACAGCGACACGCUUCGGAGCUCCGUCUGCGAGGGCGGGCGGAUCCGGAUGGAUCCGGGUCGGGUCAGGAUGUCGAAGGGGGGCGAGAGGUUGGAGGACGUGAUUGGGAGGAAGGAGGAGGAGGAAUUGCCGAAGUUCGAAGACGGCGCGUUUGAGGUCGACGGUGGGCCCGGGUUGCGUGGCGUGCCGCGUAGGCUCGCCGGCGAUGAGUUCCUCGAUCGGUACGUGCCUCGUAAUGGGAUUGAAAUGCACACCAUGAGAGGUCUACUCGAGUCCGCCCAGGUCGUCGGGUCGACCCAUUUCGACUGCCCAAAGUGGGUUGAGGAGCCGACGCUGCUGGUGACACGCUUUGAGUAUGCAAACCUUUUCCACACUAUUACUGAUUGGUACAGUGCAUAUGUAUCUUCAAGAGUUACUGGAUUGCCUAAUCGACCUAAUGUGGUUUUUGUGGAUGGCCAUUGUAUGUCACCCAUGGAAGAAACAUGGAAGGCAUUGUUUUCUGGCAUUCGAUAUGCUAAAAACUUCAGUGGUCCAGUUUGUUUUCGUCAUGCUAUUCUCUCACCUUUGGGUUAUGAGACUGCACUAUUUAAGGGACUUUCUGAAGAAAUAAAUUGUAAUGGAGCAUCUGCACAGGAUCUGUGGCAAAACCCUGAUGACCAGAAAACUGCUCGAUUAUCUGAAUUUGGGGAAAUGAUUAGAGCUUCUUUUGGGUUUCAUUUAAAUAGACACCGUGUUGAAAAGCCAGUUUCAGGCUAUAAUGUCCUCUUUGUUCGGCGUGAAGAUUAUUUAGCUCAUCCUCGUCAUGGUGGUAAAGUUGAAUCGAGGCUUAGCAAUGAACAGGAAGUUUUUGAUUCAUUAAAUAACUGGGCAUCUAAUCAUCAUGCAUGCAAGGUAAACCUUGUCAAUGGAUUGUUUGCACACAUGUCCAUGAAGGAGCAAGUACGAGCUAUUCAAGAUGCUUCAGUUAUUAUUGGCGCUCAUGGUGCAGGUCUAACUCACAUAGUAUCUGCAUUGCCAAAAACUGUCAUCCUGGAGAUUAUUAGUAGUUACUACAGACGGCCGCAUUUUGCCUUGAUAGCCCGGUGGAAAGGGUUGGAAUAUCAUGCAAUUAAUCUUGCUGGAUCACAUGCCAAUCCAAAAACUGUUAUUGACAAUCUUAGCAACAUAAUGAGGAGCCUGGGAUGCUGAAAAGUUUGGUUUUGGCUGAAUUUGAUUCAUCUUGUUGCCUGGAAGUAGAAGUGGUAAGGAAUAUUGUCUGCAUCCAGUGUCAGUUCAUAUACCGUCAUUCAUCUUUUCCACAGAAUGAGCAUGACUUGCUUCUGCCACUGUUAGAAGAUUACAGUAGGAAUCUUAUAGUGAUGAGAUAGAUACUGGAAGUUACCUUCGAAUGUUAGAUGUGGUUUGUAG